AUGAACAUAAGAAGCAAGAAGAAAAUUUAUUUUAUUUUUAUUUACAAUUUAAACCACUUAUUAUUCACAUUCAACACAUCCUGUACCAGAGCAUCCUGCAUAUCUGUUGUACUAACGCAACCUGUAUUCACUAGAGCAUUCUUGUAUAAACCUUGCACUAGCGCAUCAUGUAUUAAAACUUUAUUAGCACAUUCUGCAUUUACCAGGGCAUUAUGCAACCUUGCACCAACGCAUCAUGAAUCAACAUAUCCUGCAUUUACUACAAAAUUCUGUAUCAAAUCUUGCACUAGCGCAUCAUGUCUCAAAACUUUACUAGCACAUUCUGUAUCAAAACUUGUACUAGUGUAUCAUGUCUCGAAACUUCAGCAGUAA